GGCUUGCCGGCGGUCCUCAGCCUCGCGAUCGUCCACCUCUGCAGCGCGCGCAGUCCUGAGCGAAACUCCGCGUCCGAAAGUGUGUCUGAAUGUUUUUGUCGAAGCUAUCUUUCGCACUUCACGGUUCAGCGCAGCGACGAGUGGAGUACAAACGAGUUUAAACGAACUCUGGGAUUAGAGAGUUUUCUGUGGCAGGACAGGGUGUGUGUGGUGUGUGUGUGUGUGUGUGUGUGUGUGUGUGUGUGUGUGGACUGAAGUUAGUUUAGAAAGUUUAUUGCCUAAACUUCUUCAUGAUUCGGAUUUUCGGAAUUUUUGCAUAAUUAAAAAGCCCGUUUUAUAUCGGAUUGCAGAGGUUUGAGAGACUGGAUGUGAAUCUAAUGAGCUGACAGCAGGACUGUGAGAUGGAUCAUGUUUCCUGGAUUAUGUCUCUCUUCUGGUUCUGGUUCUGGUUCUGGACUGGAUUCAUCACAGCAGAGGAAGAGGUGCUGAUGAACACAAAGCUAGAAACGUCUGAUCUGAGAUGGACCAUCUACCCCAGCAGUGACCCUGAGUGGGAGGAGAUGAGCGGUUUGGAUGAGGAGGGCAACAGCGUCCGCACCUUUCAGAUCUGUCCGAUGGACACGUCAGUGAGUCACUGGCUGCGCACGCGCUUCAUCCCGCGGCGCGGGGCGACUCAGGUGUAUGUGGAGAUCCGCUUCACCGUGAUGGAGUGUUCGGCCAUGCCUUCCAGCUUCCGCACCUGCAAAGAGACCUUCAACCUGUACUAUUACCAGAGCGACGAGGACACGGCCAGCAGCACACACCCCGCCUGGAUGGAGAACCCCUACAGCAAGGUGGACACAGUCGCGGCUGACUUCCUGUUGCGUCGUGGCGGAGAGAGGAAGUCUAACGUGAAGACGGUGCGCUUGGGUCCGCUGUCGAAGAAGGGCUUCUACCUGGCGUUCCAGGCUCAGGGCGCGUGUAUGGCCCUGCUCUCCGUCCGCGUCUUCUUCAAGAAGUGCCCCGCCGUCACCCGCGCCUUCUCCUCCUUCCCCGAGACGCUCCCUCACUCGCUGGUGCAGCAGGCCGAGGGCGUGUGUGUGACAAACUCCGCCCACACGGGCCAAGCCCCGCCCACCAUGUUCUGUGGGGAGGACGGCCAGUGGGUGGGGCCUCCCUCGUCCACCUGUGUGUGUAAACCAGGGUUCGAGCCGGUGGACUCUGACCGCUGCAGAGCGUGUGGAUCGGGCCAGUAUAAAGCGUCUGUCGGUGGGAGUUUGUGUCGUGUGUGUCCAGACAACAGUAACACACACUCUCCUGGAUCCAGUGUGUGUUUGUGCCGCCCUGGAUUCCACCGCGCCGCCAACGACCUUCCUGAUUCAUCCUGCACCAGACUGCCGUCGGCUCCGCGCAGCAUCGUCUAUCAGAUCAAUGAUACGGUGGUGACGCUGGAGUGGUCGGAGCCGCUGGACCGUGGCGGGCGCUCGGAUCUGUCCUACAGCGUGGAGUGUGUGCGCUGCAGAGGCUCCGCCUGCGUCCCGUGCGCAGACAGUGUCACCUACAGGCCGGGGCAGGUGGGCAUGGCCGGGAGGCGGGUCAUCAUCCGCGGACUCCUCCCACACACCACCUACACCUUCACCGUCAUCGCCCAGAACGGAGUGAGCGCUGUCAGUCACACAAGCCCCGCCUCCAGCUCCGUCAACAUCACCACCAGCAGAGACGUGGCCGUUCCAGUGUCCGGCAUCAGGAGGAUUAAAGCGUCUGAGAGCAGCGUCUCCAUCAGCUGGACGGUUCCUCCGCAGACGCAGCACAGCAUUCAGGAGUAUCAGCUGCGCUACAGUCUGAAGGAUCAGGAUGAUGGAUGGCAGUACGUCAGCAGUAAAACCAACUCUGUGGUUCUGAACGAUCUGACCCGCGCGUCACAGUACCAGGUGCAGGUCAGAGCCAGAACCGCCGCAGGAUACGGACACUUCAGCCCCGCCGCCAACAUCAGCACACUACCUGACGAGGCAGAUAACCCUGAGAAGAGCUCAUACGGUUUCAGACAUUGUUCAGAUGUUUUGUUGUGGUUGUGGUUUAAUUGUGUGUUUCUCACAGGGGUUAAAGUGUACAUCGAUCCGUUCACAUACGAGGAUCCGAACGAGGCGGUGAGGGAGUUCGCUAAAGAGAUCGACGUGUCGUUUGUGAAGAUCGAGGAGGUGAUCGGUGCCGGUGAGUUCGGUGAGGUGUGUCGCGGUCGGCUCAAGGUUCCCGGGAAGAAAGAGAACUACGUGGCCAUUAAGACCCUGAAGGGCGGCUACACAGACAAGCAGAGGCAGGACUUCCUGUCCGAGGCGUCAAUCAUGGGUCAGUUCCAGCAUCCCAACAUCAUUCACCUGGAGGGAGUGAUCACAGCUUCCUGUCCCGUGAUGAUUCUGACCGAGUACAUGGAGAACGGGGCACUGGACUCCUUCCUGCGGGUCAGUACCUGUCUGUCUGUCUGAUGUCGGGUUAGAUGAGUCGCCCGCUCUGACCCGUCUCUCUCUCUCUCUGUCUGUCUGAUGUCGGAAUCUCUGUCUGCGUCUCAGGGCGGGAAGAUCCCGAUCCGCUGGACGGCUCCUGAAGCCAUCGCCUUCCGUAAGUUCACCUCGGCGUCAGACGUCUGGAGCUACGGCAUCGUCAUGUGGGAGGUGAUGUCGUUCGGUAUGAGUUAUGUUCACCGGGAUCUGGCAGCGCGUAACAUCCUGGUCAACAGUAACCUGGUGUGUAAGGUGUCUGACUUCGGCCUGUCCAGAUUCCUGACGGAGAACUCGCCGUCUCACCCUCUGCUGGACCUGCGUCCCCCGCCGCCGCUCUCUCACUGCAGCUCAGUGUCCGACUGGCUCCGGUCCAUCAAGAUGGAGCGAUACGAGGACAGCUUCCUGCAGGCCGGAUUCACCUCCAUCCAGCUCAUCUCACACAUCUCCACCGAGUGA